UAGGUUCUAUUCUAUUCUAAAAUAUAAUAAACGAACAAUUCGUUUAUUGUAUUUAAGAUCAGUUGCUGUUUUCGAUUGCGCAACUUCUUUAGGCGCAACUUGGGAUGCUGUUCCCUAGGCUACCGUAGAUGCCGGGGGUUGUGGAUGCCAUGGAGCGUGCCCCGAAAUUUGUGGGUGCCCAGCUCCUUCAUGGGGAGUUUUGCGGGUGCUUGGGGACCCAUGUCCCCCAGGGGGUUGGCACAUAUGCCGCCAACAGAGCAGGCACCGCUUCUGCGCAUAGCCCAGCAGGCUGCCCCGGCUUCCCCGGCGUCCACGGCUUCACGGGCUCCCGCUCCCGCCCCUUUUCCGGCAACUUCUGCCCUCCCUUUUCCUUUCCUCGAGCCUCGUCGGAAGUUACGGUAGUUCGUGGUAUCAGUGGUGAAGAGUGUGUCGGAAGGAGCGGGCGAUGGCGGCAGUGCUGGUGCCAGAAGGAGCCGCCCGCGGGCGAAGGCAACGGGGGCGCACGGCGAGGAGGAGCCUUCUCCCGAGCCCUGCUGCUGCUGCUGUGGUGCUGCUGCUACUAUCCUGCCCGUCGAGGCUGGCGGACGUUUCGGGUUCCACAUACUGCCCUGGUGCUAACGUCUCCAUAGCAGAAGGUUCAUCUGGGAUGAUCUUUGCUAAUGUUUCCAGUUAUCCCAACAUUUUAAUUUUAAUUCAUAAGAGCAGUUCAUCUGAUCCUGAUGUUGACAUUUUAGUCAUAACUGGAGGAAAACUGAAUCCCUACAAUAGCUCAUUCAAGGAACACUUCUAUCUACGGGGAAAUGACCUCUUUAUCAAUAACACCAACAAACAACUUGCUGGAGAAUACCAACUUAAAGAUAUUUUGAGAAAAAAUUGUUUCCAUCGAGUCUUCCUUAGCGUACCUGAACCUUGGCACUGCCCUUCAGCUAAUCUUUCCAUACCAGAAGGUGCAUCUGGGACGAUCAUUCCUAAUCAUAUAUUGAACCAUUCCAAUAGUCUUGCUUUGUACAAGAAGAACCACUCCUCCUCUUCUUGGCAAUACAUCUUGAGCACAGACAAGGGGCACCUGAAUCACAGUGUCAACACGUAUGAAGAGCACUUCCAUAUAUCUGACAGUGGCCUUACUAUCAAGAAUGCUUAUGAAGGACUCGCUGGAGAGUACCAGCUUGUUCAUCGGCAAAAUGGAUCCUGUGUGCUUCAGUUCUUCCUUAAUAUACCUGUUUCAGGACGCAGACAUGAUUGUGCUUACGCCGCAGUAGGGCUUGCCAUCUUUUUGGUGCUCUGUUUCACAGUGUGUAUAUGUUGGAAACGGAAAAGGAGAGACAACGACACUGCUCAACUUGCUGGUGGCUUGGCAAAUGGAACUCUGCCUCCUGGGUCACCAGAGGUGCAAGAAAGCAGCGCAGACCCGCCCCAGGAGAGAAGAAGAAGAAGAAGAGAUUGGAUUUGAUAUCCCUCUUUAUCACUACCC